AUAUGUCACUCCUAUGCGACGCUCGUCCCUCAACCAGCUAUAAGCGUGUCAUGGCUAGAAAGAAUCCAACUUUUGUCAAAUUAAUAAAAAAAAGAAAAGAAAAUGAAAUGUCAUUUUAGUUCAUCCUAACCCGUUUUCUAACCGUAUCCUGACCUGCUGCGUAAAUGAUCCUAAACUGCUAUGAAAAGUCAAAUCUGAUGUUAAUUUGACAAAAGCUGGAUCCCUUCUAGCCGUGACACUGGAAUCGACGCAUUGUUUGACGUAAUGCUCCCAUGUAGCCAGUUUUCAGCAAGAUAGAUAGCGUUCAGCACUGCGAGGAUUUAUCGUAGUGAAGGCUGAUAGUCUCAGGCAGUGACAUGGCAAACCCUUUAAGGAGAGAGGUUAGACAGCUGUACAAGAAUCUACUGUAUCUGGGACGGGAAUACCCCCAAGGAGCAGACUACUUCAGGGAGCGUCUGAACAGUGCCUUUAUGAAGAACAAAGAUGUCACAGACCCUAAGGAGAUCAGAAAGCUUGUCGACUGUGGAGAGGCUGUGAUUAAGGAACUGGGGACCCUGUACUAUCUGAGGGAAUAUAGAGCCAUGAAAAAGCAUUUCUACGAAGAAGAAUUGUUAGGCCUGCUGAAUAUAGGCAGACCGACAGACUGAUAGCCCAGAUGUUUGGCAACUGAAUCUUCAGUAUGCGGGUUGUUCCAUGAAUUGAGGACAUUUUGGGUUGUUUAACUUGGUCCCUCAAAAAUAAUGAUUUCACCUCAUUUUAACAUUCUGUCAUAAAGAACACAUGUUCAACUUUGUAAAAACAUAUUUUUCCAUGCCACGGGCUGAAAUAAAACUAAUGACUAGUAAGUGCUAUUAAAGUAACAGGUUUGAAGUUUAUCUUAAACCUUCCAUAAAUCCCCUUAUCUGCCAUAAAUCCCCUUUCGACAGGGAAUUGGAACUUGUGAGCAACAGGAAGGGGGAUUUGAAUGCAAUUUUCACAAAAAUGUUUAAUGUUUUAAAAAUAUUUCUAACCUAUCUAUGGGUUGACAUGUUAUGAUCGAUGUGCUCUGAUUGAAUGAAAUGAGAAGUUCUAGAGUACCCUC